AGAUCCGCUGCCGAGCCCGGAUCGGAGGCGACAGUGCGGCCAAGUGGGCGCGGCCGGCACGAGUUGGGGGGCAGGGUGCCCGGGGCAGGGGGGCGGUGACCCGGGACAGUGCAGGCGGGAGAACAGACCCGCGGACCUCAGAGGGGAAUCUGAGAGCUCAGACCGUGAACGGACGUGAAACUGGCCAGGGCUGGGGGCCAGAAACUGAUCAGCGCUUCGGGGUCAACUAAGCGGACGCCAGAGUGUUCUCCGGUGGCGCGGGGGAGCAGGUGAACAGGUCCUCACUCCCAGCUCCACGCCCUCACGCGCUCUCGCCCGGGCCCCGGCUCCCGUCCGCAGCCAUGGGCCCCGGCCCCAGCCGCGCCGCCCGCGUCCUACGCCCGAUGUUCUGCGCGCUCGCCUUGAUGGUGGCCGCCAGCGACCGCGUCGCCUCCGCCUUCAACCUGGACACCCGAUUCCUGGUGGUGAAGGAGGCCGGGAACCCGGGCAGCCUCUUCGGCUACUCGGUCGCCCUCCAUCGGCAGACGGAGCGGCAGCAGCGUUACCUGCUCCUGGCUGGCGCCCCCCGGGACCUUGCUGUGCCUGAUGGCUAUACCAACCAGACCGGUGCAGUGUACCUGUGCCCACUCACCGCCCACAAGAACGACUGUGAACGGAUGGACAUUGCAGAGAAAAGUGACCCUGACCAUCACAUUAUUGAGGACAUGUGGCUCGGGGUGACUGUGGCCAGCCAGGGCCCUGCGGGCAGAGUCCUGGUCUGUGCCCACCGCUACACCCAGGUGUUGUGGUCGGGGUCGGAGGACCAGCGGCGCAUGGUGGGCAAGUGCUAUGUGAGGGGCAACGACCUGGAGCUGGACCCCAGUGAUGACUGGCAGACCUACCACAACGAGAUGUGCAACAGCAACACCGACUACCUGGAGACCGGCAUGUGUCAGCUGGGCGCCAGCGGCGGCUUCACCCAAAACACUGUGUACUUUGGCGCUCCUGGUGCCUACAACUGGAAAGGAAACAGCUACAUGAUUCAGCGGAAGGACUGGGAUUUAUCCGAAUAUAGUUACAAGGACCCAGCGGACCAAGGCAACCUCUACAUUGGCUACACGAUGCAGGUGGGCAGUGCCGUCCUGCACCCUACGAGCACCACCAUUGUGACGGGUGCCCCUCGGCACCAACACGUGGGCGCUGUCUUUUUGCUGAGCCAGGAGGCGGGUGGAGACCUGCGGAGGAGGCAGGUGCUGGAGGGCAGGCAGGUGGGCGCCUAUUUUGGCAGUGCCAUUGCCCUGGCAGACCUGAACAAUGAUGGGUGGCAGGACCUCCUGGUGGGUGCCCCCUAUUACUUUGAGCGGAAAGAGGAGGUAGGGGGUGCCAUUUAUGUCUUCAUGAACCAGGCAGGCACCUCCUUCCCGGCCCACCCCUCCCUCCUUCUUCACGGCCCCAGUCGCUCUGCCUUUGGCUUCUCCGUGGCAAGCAUCGGUGACAUCAACCAGGAUGGAUUCCAGGACGUUGCCGUGGGAGCCCCUUUCGAGGGCUUGGGCAAAGUGUACCUCUACCACGGCAGCUCCAGGGGGCUCCUCAGACAGCCCCAGCAGGUAAUACACGGAGAGAAGCUGGGACUGCCUGGCUUGGCCACCUUCGGCUACUCCCUGAGUGGGCAGAUGGAUGUGGAUGAGAACCUCUACCCAGACCUGCUGGUGGGGAGCCUGUCAGACCACAUCGUGCUGCUGCGGGCCCGGCCUGUCAUCAACAUCCUCCACAGGACCUUGGUGGCCAGGCCAUCUGUACUGGACCCCGCACUCUGCACAGCCACCUCCUGCGUGCAGGUGGAGCUGUGCUUUGCUUACAACCAGAGUGCCGGGGACCCCAACUACAGGCGGAACAUCACCCUGGCCUACACUCUGGAGGCCGACCGGGACCGCCGCCCACCCCGGCUCCGCUUUGCACGCAGUCAGUCAGCUAUCUUCCAUGGCUUCUUCUCCAUGCCCGAGAUGCGCUGCCAGACGCUGGAGCUGCUCCUGAUGGACAACGUCCGCGACAAACUCCGACCCAUCAUCAUCUCCAUGAACUACUCUUUACCUUUGCGGAUGCCUGAGCGCCCCCGACUGGGGCUUCGGUCCCUGGACGCCUACCCGGUCCUCAACCAGGCGCAGGCUCUGGAGAACCACACGGAGGUCCAGUUCCAGAAGGAGUGCGGGCCGGACAACAAGUGCGACAGCAACUUGCAGAUGCAGGCGGCCUUCGUGUCUGAGCUGGGGCAGCGGCUGAGCAGGCUCCCGUACAGUAGAGACUUCCGAAAACUGCUGCUGAGCAUCAACUUGACCAACACCCCAAGCCGGGAGCGGGCUGGGGAAGACGCCCACGAGGCGCUGCUCACCCUGGCGGUGCCUCCCGCCCUGCUGCUGUCCUCAGUGCGCCCCCCUGGAGCUUGCCAAGCCAACGAGACCAUGACCAUCGUUUGCGAGCUGGGGAACCCCUUCAAACGGAACCAGAGGAUGGAGCUGCUCAUUGCCUUCGAGGUCAUUGGGGUGACCCUGCACACAAGGGAACUCCAGGCACAGCUGCAGCUCUCCACGUCAAGUCACCAGGAUGACCUGUGGCCCAUAACCCUGACUCUGCUGGUGGAUUACACACUCCAGGCCUCGCUCAGCAUGGUGAGUCACCGGCUACAAAGCUUCUUUGGGGGGACAGUGAUGGGUGAGUCUGGCAUGAAAACUGUGGAGGAUGUGGGAAGCCCUCUCAAGUAUGAAUUCCAGGUGGGCCCAGUGGGGGAAGGGCUGGCAGCCCUUGGUACCCUGAUCCUGGGGCUGGAGUGGCCCUAUGAAGUCAGCAAUGGCAAGUGGCUGCUAUACCCCACAGAGAUCACGGUCCACGGCAAUGGGUCCUGGCACUGCCGGCCACCUGGAGACCUUGUCAACCCUCUCAACCUCACUCUCUCUGUUCCUGGGGACAGGCCGCCAUCUCCACAACGCAGGCGGCGACAACUGGACCCCGGGGGAGGCCAGGGCCCCCUGCCGGUCACUCUGGCUGCUGCCAAGAAAGCCAAGUCUGAGAUCCAGCUGAGCUGUGGCGGUGACCACACCCGCUGUGUGUGGCUGGAGUGCAGGAUUCCUGAUGCCCCCGUCAUCACCAACGUGACAGUGCAGGCACGAGUGUGGAACAGCACCUUCAUCGAGGAUUACAAAGACUUUGACCGAGUCAGGGUAGCCAGCUGGGCCACCCUGUUCCUCCGAACCAGCGUCCCCACCAUCAACAUGGAGAACAAGACGGUGCGGUUCUCCGUGGACAUUGACUCUGAGCUGGUGGAGGAGCUGCCGGCCGAGAUCGAGCUGUGGCUGGUGCUUGUGGCUGUGAGUGCCGGGCUGCUGCUGCUGGGGUUGAUCAUCCUCUUGCUGUGGAAGUGCGGCUUCUUCAAGCGAGCCCGCACUCGGGCCCUGUAUGAAGCUAAGAGGCAGAAGGCGGAGAUGAAGAGCCAGCCAUCAGAGACAGAGAGGCUGACGGACGACUACUGAGGGGGGCAGCCCCCCACCCCUGGUCCACUGGUGUGACUUCUUUAAGCGGACCCGCUAUUACCGGAUCAUGCCCAAGUACCACGGGGUGCGGAUCCGGGAGGAGGAGCGCUACCCACCUCCAGGGAGAACCCUGCCCACCAAGAAGCACUGGGUGACCAGCUGGCAGACUCGCGACCGAUACUACUGACAUCCUCCCUGAUCCCACCCCUGCUCCCCUAGUGUCCCCUUCUUCUAUUUAUCAUAAGUUAUGCCCUGACGGUCCACAGGGGCUACUGCCUUUGGCUGGCACCAGCAGGCUCGGGCACACACACCUCUUCAAGUGUAUGCACGUGCCCUCCAGCCAUGGCCUUCUCCCCGAAGGAGGGCUGGGGCCGUGGAACUUGCACUGCUGAGCACUGCAGCCCUGUGCCCUGGACACAUAUGAGCACAUAUGGGUCCUACUGCUUGAGGACUGUGCUUGUGCACCCCAGAUGGUGCAUGGACAUGCGUGUGCCAGCCUCUGCCUGUGCCGUAACCAAGCCCAAGGGCCUCCACCAGAGCCAGGAGGAAGAGGCCCCCAAUGUGGUGACACCUCCUCUGUCACACUGGAGCCAUCGUGAGCCAUAGUCACUGGACUGACUGUCCUCAAGAUGAAAACUACUGACAGGCCCCCGGUGCAGCUCCCAAUACCCAUGCCAGAGAGUCGGAGCCUGCCUAAGGUUGUCCAAGGGGGUGUUCACAGGACCUGGCAUGCUCAGACCCAAGAGCAGAAGGAACUAGAAGGAAGGUCCCCAGGAUGGCUUUCUUUCAUGAAUCGUUGCGAAACCUCUGUCCUCAGCCAUGACCAUUCCAUGCACUAGCAGGAAAUUCAGCCCUAAGAAACAAAGAUGGACACAGUGCUAGGCAGCCAGGACACACUGUGCUGGGACUGCCCUGGGAGCACAAUGGAAUCCUCAACAGAAGAGGGGACUGGUCCUGGGCCAAGGAGAUGUUGGAAGGAUACAGAGCAGAUACCACUUUUCAGCCACAUUACCAUCCUGGCCUGGAGGGACCCCCACAAGGUCACAGAGGGAGCGACGCUUGAAUGUAGAACAGGGAGGGAGCCCCAUGACGCCACAUAAGCCAGACCCCGCCCCGCCCCCCCCCCGACCAUGGGCUGGAGACCUAGAAGUGAAGGUCUUGGCUGUCCUUGGCUUUCAGAGCCAGGUUAGCUCUGCCUUCUCCCCUGUGGCCCAUUCUAGAAGUUGAGGCUGGUUCCAGAAAACCUCUCCUGACCCCUGCCUAUUGGCAGGCCCCCUCCCCAACCCCUGCCCACUUCCAUGGUACUGUAGCAGGGGAGCUCCCUCCCCCUCCUCGUGCCUUCUUUGUAUAUAGGCUUCUCACGGCAGCCAGUAAAGAGCUCCCAGUUUG